AUGGGUGACCUGAGCGGGUGCCGGGUGCUGGUGUGGGCUCUCCUGGCCCUGCUCUGGGUGCAGAAGGCAGAGACCCAGGGCAUGGAGUCGAGCUGGGUGGACAUAGGGGCUGCCAAGGGCAGUCGGAGGAUGGACACUGCCCAGCAAACGAUCUUCAUCCAGUCCAUCACCGCUUUACCCACCAUGAGCGCCCUGAACCCCGCGCACAACGGGCGGGUCUGCAGCACGUGGGGCGACUUCCACUACAAGACCUUCGACGGCGACAUCUUCCGCUUCCCCGGCCGCUGCAACUACGUCUUCUCCGCGCACUGCGGGGCCGCCUACGAGGACUUCAACGUCCAGCUGCGCCGUGGCCUGGCGGGCUCCAGGCCCACCAUCACCCACGUGGUCCUCAAGGCCCAGGGGCUGGUGCUGGAGGUCUCCAACAGCUCCGUCCUCAUCAACGGGCGGCGGGAGGAGCUGCCCUACAGCCAGGCUGGCCUCCUGGUCGAGCAGAGCAGUGACUACAUCAAGGUCAACGUCCGGCUGAUGCUGACCUUCAUGUGGAACGGAGAGGACAGCGCCCUGCUGGAGCUGGACCCCAAGUACGCCAACCAGACGUGCGGCCUCUGUGGGGACUUCAAUGGGCUCCCGGCCGUCAACGAGUUCUAUGCCCACAAUGCCAGGCUGACCCCUCUACAGUUCGGGAACCUGCAGAAACUGGACGGGCCCACGGAGCAGUGCCAGGAUCCCCAGCCCUCCCCAGCUGACAACUGCACGGACAGGGAGGGCAUCUGCCACGGCACCCUGCUGGGCCCCGCCUUCACUCAGUGCAACUGGCUGGUGGACGCCGACCCGUACGUGGCCGCCUGCACCCAGGACCUGUGUCGCUGCCCCACCUGCCCUUGCGCCACCUUCGCCGAGUACUCCCGCCAGUGUGCCCACGCGGGGGGCCAGCCGCAGAACUGGAGGCGCCCCGACUUCUGCCCCCGGACCUGCCCCCUAAACACGCAGCACCAGGAGUGCGGCUCGCCCUGCGCGGACACCUGCUCCAACCCCGAGCGCUCCCAGCUCUGCGAGGACCACUGCGUGGACGGCUGCUUCUGCCCCCCAGGCACGGUGCUGGACGACGUCACCAACUCGGGCUGCCUGCCGCUGGAGCACUGCCCCUGCACCCACAGUGGCCGCGUCUACGCCCCGGGGGCCUCCUUCUCCACCAGCUGCAGCUCUUGCACCUGUUCCGGGGGACUGUGGCAGUGCCAGGACCACCCGUGCCCGGGGACCUGCUCCGUCCAGGGCGGGUCCCACAUCUCCACCUACGAUGAGAGGCUCUACGACAUGCACGGGGACUGCAGCUACGUCCUGUCUAAGAAAUGUGAAGACAACGGCUUCACCGUGCUGGCCGAGCUGCGGAAGUGCGGCCUGACGGACAAUGAGAACUGCCUCAAAACAGUGACACUGAGCAUGAGCGGCGGGGCCACGGUCAUCCGGAUCCAGGCCAACGGCGGGGUGUUCAUGAACUCCAUCUUUACCCAGUUGCCCGUGUCAGCAGCCAACAUCACGGUGUUCAGGCCCUCGACCUUCUUCAUCCUGGUGCAGACGGGCCUCGGGCUGCAGCUGGAGGUGCAGCUGGUGCCCCUCAUGCAGGUGUUCCUCAGGCUGGACCCCGCCUACCGAGGCCAGAUGUGCGCCAAGUACAUGAGCACCUGCCCCAAGUCCCAGAUCUACGCCUACGUGGUGGAAAGCUGCCAGCCCACCUGCCAAGCCCUGAGCCAGGCCGAUGUCACCUGCGGCGUCCCCUUCGUGCCCGUGGACGGCUGCACCUGCCCCCGCGGCACCUUCCUGGACGACGCCGGCAGCUGUGUGCCCGCCGAGGCCUGUCCCUGCUACUUCCGAGGCUCCGUGGUGGCGCCCGGGGAGGUGGUGCAUGACAAUGGCGUGGUGUGCUCGUGUGAGGGCGGGAAGCUGAGCUGCCUGGGAGCCCUGGAGCAGACCACGACAGGCUGCGCGGCCCCCAUGGUGUACCUGGACUGCGCCAACGCCUCGGCGGGCGCCCCCGGGGCCGAGUGCCUCCGGAGCUGCCACACCCUGGACGUGGACUGUUUCAGCACUCACUGUGUGUCGGGCUGUGUCUGCCCCCCGGGGCUGGUGUCCGACGGGAGCGGAGGCUGCGUGGCCGAGGAAGACUGCCCCUGUCUGCACAACGGUGCCGCCUACAGGCCCGGGGACACCAUCAGGGUCGACUGCAACACCUGCACUUGCAGGAACCGCAGGUGGGAGUGCAGCCAGCGGCCCUGCCUGGGCACCUGUGUGACCUACGGGGACGGCCACUUCAUCACGUUCGACGCCGAGCGGUACAGCUUCGCGGGCAGCUGCGAGUACACGCUGGCCCAGGACUACUGCGGAGCCAACGGCAGCACCAGCGGGACCUUCCGCAUAGUCACCGAGAACAUCCCCUGCGGGACCACGGGGGCCACCUGUUCCAAGGCCAUCAAGCUCUUCCUGGAGAACUAUGAGCUGAUCCUCCACGAGGGCAACUACAAGGUGGUGCAGAGGGGGCCGGGCACAGACCUGCCCUACAGGAUCCGGUACAUGGGCACCCACCUGGCCAUCGAGACCCGCAGGGGCCUGGUCGUGUCCUGGGACCGGAGGACCAGCGUGUUCAUCCGGCUGCACCAGGAUUACAAGGGGAAGGUCUGCGGGCUGUGCGGGAACUUCGACGACAACGCCGUCAAUGACUUCACCACGCGGAGCCAGUCCGUGGUGGGCGACGCUCUGGAGUUUGGAAACAGCUGGAAAUUCUCCCCGACCUGCCCUGAUGCCCCGGCCCCCAAGGACCCCUGCAUCACCAACCCCUACCGCAAGUCCUGGGCGCAGAAGCAGUGCAGCAUCAUCAACAGCCCCACCUUCGAGGCCUGCCAUUCUCAGGUGGACUCCACCAAGUACUACGAGGCCUGCGUGAGCGACGCGUGUGCCUGCGACUCCGGGGGCNACGUGUCCGUAAAAACCAGACAGACAGGUCGCCCCCAAACGGGCGAGUCCCUGAGGGACAGGCGGCACAUGGCCGGCAUCGCCCUUAGCUUCUGUCUUCCAUGCUCAGCCCUGUUCUGCGACUACUACAACCCCCAAGGAGAGUGCGAGUGGCACUACCAGCCGUGUGGGAGCCCCUGCCUGAAAACCUGCCGGAACCCCAGUGGACACUGCCUGAUGGACCUGCCAGGCCAGGAAGGCUGCUACCCAAAGUGUCCGCCCAGCAAGCCGUUCUUCAGUGAGGACCAGAUGAGGUGUGUGGCCCAGUGUGGCUGCUACGAUGACGACGGGAACUACUACGACGUCGGUGCCCCCGUCCCCACGGAGGAGAACUGCCAGAGCUGGUGAGGGGCGGGGCCUGGAGGAAUGCUGUGCCUGCCGCCCCUCCCAGCCUGCACGUGCACCUACGAGGGCAGGACCUACGGCUACGGGGACGUCAUCUACAACACGACCGACGGGCUCGGGGCCUGCUUGAUAGCCGUCUGCGGGGACAACGGGACGAUCAUCCGGAAGGCCGUGGACUGUCCGGGAACCCCGUCCACCACGCCCUUCGCCUUCACCUCCACCUCGGUCCCGCCCCGCCCCGCAGGUCCGGUCCCCACGCUGUCCACCGUGUGCGUGCGCGAGCUGUGCCGCUGGUCUGACUGGUACGACAGCGGCCGUCCAGAGCCCGGCAUGGGAGGUGGGGACUUCGAGACGUUUGCAAACCUGCGGCAGAGGGGUCACCAGGUCUGCCCCGCUCCAGCCCGCAUCCAGUGCCGGGCGCGGCUGCUUCCAGACACGCCGCUGGAGCAGCUGGGCCAGAAGGUGGAGUGCGACCCCCAGCGGGGGCUCCUGUGCCUCAACAGCGAGCAGGACCCCCCCUUCUGCCACAACUACGAGCUGCGGGUCCUCUGCUGUGACUAUGUGCCCUGCAGCACCCCCCCAAGCCCAGGCACCAGCCAGCAGCCAACCCCCAGGCCCCUGCCCCCCUCCACCAUCCAGGCAACAACGGCCUUUACCUCACAGACAACAGAGACCCAGGCGGCCACCUGCCAGCCCCGAUGUCAGUGGACCGAGUGGUUCGAUGAGGAUUACCCCAAGUCCGAGGAGGCUGGGGGGGACAUCGAGUCAUACGACAAGAUCAGGAGCGCCGGGGGCUCCGUGUGUGAGCAGCCUCGGGACAUAGAGUGCCGGGCAGAACACUUCCCGAACAGGAGGCCCGAGGAGCUGGGGCAGCUGGUGCACUGCGACCCCGGCUUCGGCCUGGUGUGCAGGAAUGACGAACAGAUAGGCCUGUUCAAGAUGUGCUACAACUACAGAAUCCGCCUGCUGUGCUGCAGCCAGGACCACUGCGGGGAGCACACUACUGCCACCGCCACCCCUGCCACCUCCACAGCCACCGCCACAGCCGCCACCACCACUGUCACUGCCACCACUGUCGCCACAGCCAACGCUUCCACCACCAUCUCCAUGGCCACAGCCACCACCAUAAAAUCACCAGCCACGAGCACAUGGACCCAGCCAGGGAGUAGCCCCGGGGUGACACAGGGCCCCCUGAGCAGCACCACAGCAGCGCCUUUCCUCUCAACAGGACCAGUGCUCCCAGCAACAUCCUCCAACCCCAGCCAUACGGACACACUCAUGACGUCUGCCACAAGGAACCCCACAUCUCCUCCAGGCUCCACAAAGUCCACAACCCUGCAGGGGACCCUGGGGGGGACCUCGCAGGAACCCACCCCAUGGUCACAGAUGACACAAACCUCCACAGCUCACCCAAGUACUAAAGCAUCGGCGGGCACUCUUGGCACAGUCUCCAUGAGCCCACCAUCCCCGUCACACACCAGGACAAGCACACCAAGGGUGGAAACGUCACAGGGCACCCAGAAGCCGAUGGCCACCACUGAGGCCACCACCAGCCAGGGCACUACCGGCUGUGAGCCCAAGUGUGAGUGGACAGAAUGGUUUGAUGUGGACUUCCCCACUUCGGGAGUCACAGGCGGAGACAUGGAGACCUACGACAACAUCAGGGCUGCUGGCAGCAAGAUGUGCCAGGAGCCACAGAAGAUUGAGUGCCGGGCAGAGAGCUACCCCGAAGUGAGCCUCGACCAGAUCGGGCAGGUGGUCACCUGCAACCUACGGGCCGGACUGGUCUGCAGGAACCAGGACCAGAAGGGACCGUUCAGCAUGUGCUUCAAUUACAACAUCCGUGUGCUCUGCUGUGACCAUGCCAGCCACUGCCCCACCUCCUCCACACCGCUGCCAGUGACGUCCACACAGACGCUGCCCACAACGGCCACCACCAAGACACAACGCUCCUCCCCGAGGAUAACCGACAAGAUCACCAUCCCCACAACUGAAACAGGACUCUCUACUUCAAGGACCACCGAGAGGCUCUCUGUUCCCAGUCCCUCUGCCUCUCCAGCAUCCCCCAUUGCCGAGACCACCAGCACCCUGCUGGGCACCACUCCGGGCCCUUACACAGCCACCUCCACGGCCACGGGGCCCUCAGCCACGGCUCAGACCACGCCCAUCCUGACCUCCGGCCCCACGACCUCAGCGGCCACGGCCACUGGCUGUCAGCCUCGCUGCACCUGGACAGACUGGCUGGACCAGAGCUACCCCAUGUCCGGGGCCUCUGGUGGGGACUUUGAGACCUACGCCAACAUCCGCGCAGCUGGCGGGUCCGUCUGCGAGAGGCCGGUGGCCCUGCAGUGCCGGGCCGAGAGGCUGCCGGACGUCCCCCUGCAGGAGCUGGACCAGGUGGUGCAGUGCGACCUGGACGUGGGCCUGGUGUGCCGCAACCAGGACCAGGGCGGCCGCUUCAAGAUGUGCCUCAACUACCAAAUCCGGGUGCUCUGCUGUGAUGACUACAGCCACUGCCCCAGCACGCCCAGGCCCGGGACCACAGCCACCCUCAGCAGCACGGGCUCAGAGACAGCGCGCACCACAGGCUUCUGGACCACGACUACCACCCCGCCACUCCCCUCAGCCCCCGGGACCACUGAGACGGUUUCCAAGGCCACCACUGAGACGGGUCCCUCCUCUGCAAAAACCGAGAGGGUCACCAUCCCCACAGCUGAAACAGGACCCUCUACUUCCAGGACCACACAGAGCGUCCCCGGCACCCAGACUCCUCGCACCUCCCUCAGCACCACCGAGAGGCUCUCUGUCCCCAGUUCCUCUCCCUCUGCAACAUCCCCCACUCCCGAGACCACCAGCGCCCUGCUGGGCACCACUCCGGGCCCUUACACAGCCACCUCCACGGCCACGGGGCCCUCAGCCACGGCUCAGACCACGCCCAUCCUGACCUCCGGCCCCACGACCUCAGCGGCCACGGCCACUGGCUGUCAGCCUCGCUGCACCUGGACAGGCUGGCUGGACCAGAGCUACCCGAUGUCUGAGGCCUCUGGUGGGGACUUUGAGACCUACGCCAACAUCCGCGCAGCUGGCGGGUCCGUCUGCGAGAGGCCGGUGGCCCUGCAGUGCCGGGCCGAGAGGCUGCCGGACGUCCCCCUGCAGGAGCUGGACCAGGUGGUGCAGUGCGACCUGGACGUGGGCCUGGUGUGCCGCAACCAGGACCAGGGCGGCCGCUUCAAGAUGUGCCUCAACUACCAAAUCCGGGUGCUCUGCUGUGAUGACUACAGCCACUGCCCCAGCACGCCCAG